UAAAUUUUCUUGUGUGAUCACAUUCUGAUGAUCUGAAGAAACCUUUCUCUCUUUCUUUUCUCUGAUCUCUCAGUCCCUCUCACCCUGUGUUUUAUAUGUUGCACUUAAAAUUAACCCUAAUACAUGAUCUUUUUCUAAGAGGAAAUACAAAGAGCAAAGAUGCACAUCCCUGCAAAAUAGCUCAUAUUUAUAUACACAAAUCACCCGGUCCAACCCAAAAGACUCGUCCAAUAGGUGGGAGAGUCUCAUGGCUUAAGUACCACAUUGAGCACUUUCAAAUACUCGAUGUGGGACUCCUAACGGUUUAUGUAAUACCCUUUUGUUCAAAUAACCAAAAUAACUAAAAGUGAUGCAAGCACAAGCACUGUGUGCUGGUUGCAGAUUUCACAAUUUCAUAGCUUUAAAAACGUUGGUUGUGGUGGUACUUUUUUCUUAACAAAGCUAGCUAUCUUUUCCUUACGAAAUCAGAAAAAAUAAAACCUUUCUAGUUUGUUUUUCUCUUGUCUAUGCUCCCAUACCUCUUAAAUAUUGGUAUGUGUAAGCAUGCAACAAAAUAAUUAAUCUCUCAGUCAGCACUUGUUUCCCCUUACUCACGUCUUUCCUUUUUCUGCUACCUAUAGCUCUCACAUACAUGGAUUCGGUUAACUCUAGGAGUGGGAGUAUGUAUGCAAUCCUCAACCGGUUGUGAUCAUGAAAUUGAUCAAAAGUACGAUGAUUCCCGCGUUUAAUCAUCAAUCUCUCCAAAUUUCUUAAACAACAAUAACCAGCAACCCUCAACCCAUCUUUGGUCCAUUCAUUACUAUGUUCCGCUCUUUAUACUUUCAUACAUCACAAACAACAGAACAACCGAUCCCCAACAUAAACCUUGAUACUAUGUGGUCCGAAACAGCUAGAUCCGAACCUAACCAAACUGGUCAUAUUACCGGCUUGAUGCCUUGUUCUUCAUCAUCUUCACUACUACAGCACCAAAUCAUGAAUAAUUAUAAUAAUGGUUCUUUUCAGCUUGCAACAAAUUGUGAUCACACCAUGAGUGAUCAAGCUCUGAACAACAAUAGUAAUGACACCGUGCGGGUUGGGAAUCGGAACCCAAAGAAACGUUCAAGAGCUUCUAGGCGUGCACCUACAACUGUUCUAACAACAGACACAACAAAUUUCAGAGCUAUGGUUCAGGAAUUCACUGGUAUCCAAGAAUCAUCCCCUUUCAUCACAUCUUCUCAUCAUUUCCCAAGAACAAGGUUGGAUCUUUUUGCUUCUUCUUCACCACUACCAUCAUCCCCUUCUUAUAAUCUUCUUCGUCCAUUUGCACAGAAACUUAAUAAUCAACCUCACCACCCUAUUCCUCCUCCUUCAUCUUCCAUUCAUAGCCAGCUAUCUUGUUCAGUUGAUAAUUUGAAACAGCCUCUCAAUAAUAUAUUUAACAUGCAAAACAAAAACCAAGUUUUCUCCUUUCAAACAAUUCAUCAAACACCACAAAGGCAAAAAUACGAAUACCCUCUUGGAAAUUCUUCAGUUACUGUCUCAAAAACACAAAUACCAUCUUUGGAAACUCCACCAAGUAUUGAUGAUCCUCAUCUCCAAAUGGGUCAUGGUUUUGGGGAAUUAGGAAUAUUUGAGGCAAGAUUGUGUUAGUAGUAAGAAUAAUGGCUCAAAAGAAUGGGUACAAAAGAACGUAACUCAUGGCACCAUUACCAACAAUGAUUGUGAUGACAGUGGAGUAAGAGAACAGAACUCAAUGAUUAAUGAGAAAGAACCAGACUGUAGUGCUUUAGCUACGAGAAAUGAAGGUAAUGUGAAACCGCGGACUAAUUAAUGAAGGGAUUGUUGAAUUAAUAUAUUGUUCUUAAUUAUAGUUAGGUUAGUUAGUAAUUGAGUUUAAGUGGUUAACGAAUUUUCUUGAAGAAUCGAUUGUUUAUAAGAAUCCUAGUUUAAAUCUUGAAUGAAAAAAUUUCUUACCA